UUUGCAGGUGAGAUUGGCCCCGCCUUCCCAAUGGCGUCUCUCCUUCCCCAGCUGAAUCUUCCUAGUUGGGGUCAAGCUGGUGUAAUUGCUGCCAAGCUCUCAGCGAGGGCUUCAGUUUGAGUUCUGUGGAGGUGGGGCCUGCGAGGCCUUAUGGUCUGUUUCCUUGCUUCCAACUCUGCCUCCCUCUGUGGGACUGUCCGUCCCGCCGGCCUUAGCCCAGACUUCCGCCCAGGUCCGUGUGACAACUUGUGGUGACCCGCGGUAGCCGCUGCUCAGAUUUGCGUCGACUACACACAGCGCCCCACCGUCUGCUGGGCUCUCGUCGACCGUGGGUUGCAGGAGAGAUGAGAUGGAGCUUGGCUCUUGUUGCCCAGGCUGGAGUGCAAUGGCAGAGUCUUGGCUCACUGCAACCUUCAUCUCCAGGGUUCAAGUGAUUCUCCUCCCUCAGCCUCUUGAGCAGCUGGGAUUACAGACUUUGAUGGGAUAUGAGAUAAAAAGGAACAUGGAAUUGUCCUAAAACUGCCUGUGGAUGUUACCUAAGUCUAAUUCCACUGACCAAUGAAGAGACAGAACCAGAGCGUGAUUACUGAGUUCAUCCUUACAGGCUUCUCAAACCUGGGGGAUCUGCAGCUCCUUCUCUUCUUUAUCUUCCUUUUAGUCUACUUGACCACUCUGAUGGCCAACGCCACCAUCAUGACAGUCAUUCGCCUGGACAGGGCUUUGCACACCCCCAUGUACUUCUUCCUCUUUGUCCUUUCAUGCUCUGAAACCUGCUACACUUUGGUCAUUGUACCCAAAAUGCUAACCAACCUGCUAUUCACAAUUCCAACUAUUUCUUUCUCUGGGUGUGCAGUCCAGCUCUAUUUCUUUGUGGGCUUGGCUUGUACCAACUGUUUUCUCAUUGCUGUGAUGGGCUAUGAUCGUUAUGUUGCCAUCUGCAACCCUCUUAACUACACACUCAUUGUCAGCCAAGCCACCUGCAUGCAGCUGAUUCUAGCCUCCAGCUUUUGUGGCUUCCUGAUCUCUGUGAUUGUCAGUAUCCUGGUGUUCAGUGUGCGCUUCUGUGCCUCCAAUAGGAUCAAUCACUUUUUCUGUGACGUUUCCCCUGUCAUAAAACUGGGCUGCACAGAUACCAACGUGAAGGAGAUGGUCAUCUUUUUCCUCAGCAUUCUGGUAUUGCUGGUUCCCCUUGUGUUGAUAUUCAUCUCCUAUGUCUUCAUAGUUUCCACCAUUCUCAAGAUCUCCUCGAUGGAAGGACAGCGUAAAGCCUUCGCCACCUGUGCUUCGCACCUCACAGUGGUCAUUGUCCACUAUGGCUGUGCUUCCUUUAUCUACUUGAGGCCCACAUCCCUGUACUCUUCAGAUAAGGACUGGCUUGUGGCAGUGACUUAUACGGUGAUUACCCCACUACUCAACCCUCUUGUCUACACACUGAGAAAUAAAGAAGUAAAGAUGGCUCUGAGAAAGGUUCUGAGUAGAUACUCAUAUUUUAAAACUGUAUGAGUGGGCAGAUUUGGCAGUAAAUUAUAUUCAUGAAAGUUUCCUAGGUAGAACUUCAGUUCUAUAAACAUAUUUGUCCUUUUUUUAAUUGCAUUUUAGGUUUUGGGGUACAUGUGCAGAACAUGAAAGAUAGUUGCAUAGGUACACACGUGGCAGUGUGCUUUCCUGCCUUCCUCCCCUUCACCCACAUCUGGCAUUUCUCCCCAUGCUAUCCCUCCCCAGCUCCCCCCGAUGCUGUCCCACCCCUAUUCCCCCCAAUAGACCCCAGUGUGUAGUGCUCCCCUCCCUGUGUCCAUGUGUUCUCAUAGUUCAUCACCUACCUAUGGGUAAGAAUAUGCGGUAUUUCAUUUUCUGUUCCUGUGUUUGCUGAGAAUGAUGUUCUCCAGAUUCAUCCAUGUCCUUACAAAGGACACAAGUUCAUUGUUUUUGAUGGCUGCAUAAUAUUCCAUGGUGUAUAUGUGCCACAUUUUUCCAGUCCAGUCUAUCAUCGAUGGGCAUUUGGGUUGGUUCCAGGUCUUUGCUGUUGUAAACAGUGCUGCAGUGAACAUUCGUGUGCAUGUGUCCUUAUAGUAGAACGAUUUAUAAUCCUUUGGAUAUAUACCCAGUAAUGGGAUUGCUGGGUCAACUGAAAUUUCUAUUAAUAGGUCUUUGAGGAAUCACCACACUGUCUUCCACAAUGGUUGAACUAAUUUACACUCCCACCAGCAGUGUAAAAAUAUUCCUAUUUCUCCUGUUGUCUCCAGAUUUUUUUAAUGAUCGCCAUUCUAACUGGCAUGAGAUGGUAUCUCAAUGUAGUUUUGAUUUGCAUUUCUCUGAUGACCAGUGAUGAUGAGCAUUUUUUCAUAUGAUUGUUGGCCUCAUGUAUGUCUUCUUUUGUAAAGUGUCUGUUCAUAUCCUUUGCCCAUUUUUGAAUGGGCUUGUUUGUUUUUUUCCUGUAAAUCUGUUUGAGUUCUUUGUAAAUUCUGGAUAUCAGCCCUUUGUCAGAUGGGUAAACUGCAAAAAUUUUUUCCCAUUCUGUUGGUUGCCGAUUCACUCUAGUGACUGUUUCUUUUGCCGUGCAGAAGCUGUGGAGUUUGAUUAGGUCCCAUUUGUCUAUUUUGGCUUUUGCUGCCAAUGCUUUUGGUGUUUUGGUCAUGAAGUCCUUGCCUACUCCUAUGUCCUGAAUGGUUUUGCCCAGAUUUUCUUCUAGGGUUUUUAUGGUGCCAGAUCUUACAUUUAAGUCUUUAAUCCAUCUGGAGUUAAUUUUAGUUUAAGGUGUCAGGAAUGGGUCCAGCUUCUGCGUUCUGCACAUGGCUAGCCAGUUUUCCCAGCAUCGUUUAUUAAACAGGGAAUCCUUUCCCCAUUGCUUGUUUUUGUCAGGUUUAUCAAAGAUUGUAUGGUUGUAGAUAUGUUGUGUUGCCUCCGAUGCCUCUGUUCUGUUCCAUUGGUCUAUAUCUCUGUUUUGGUACCAGAACCAUGCUGUUUUGAUUACUGUAGCCUUGUAGUAUAGUUUGAAGUCCUGUAGUGUGAUGCCUCCUACUGUGUUCUUUUUGCUUAGAAUUGACUUGGCUAUGCGGGCUCUCUUUUGGUUCCAUAUGAAGUUCAGGGUGGUUUUUUCCAGUUCUGUGAAGAAAGUCAAUGGUAGCUUGAUGGGGAUAGUGUUGAGUCUGUAAAUUACUUUUGGCAGUAUGGCCAUUUUCACAAUAUUGAUUCUUCCUAACCAUGAACAUGGAAUGUUUCUUUGUUUGUGUGUCCUUUUCUUAAGACUCCUUGACAGAAAAAAAAGAAAGAAAGCAAGCAAGAAAGAAGGACUUUAGGUGACCUUGAUUGUUUGUAUUGAAAAUUUCUUUUUCAAAUUAGCCUAUAUCCAGUGCAAAAGUUAUACCAGUUGGUCUCCAGAAAAUUAUGUAAACAUUGAAACUUUCCAGAACACAAGCUACAUUGCUUUUAUGCAUUGCAAAUAUUUGUUUUGUGAGAUCGAUGCUACAAAUGCUGCAUUAUCUUUUUUAGAAUAAAUGGACUGUUAAUACUCCUUUUAUGAUGAAUAUUUUCUAGAAAUAAUUUACCACAGUUAUUUUUAUUGAACUUAUAUAUACACACACAUGCACACAUACAUACAUAUACAUACAUGUGUGUGUAUAUAUGAAAAAGUGUAUGCGUGUGUGUGUGUGUAUAAAGUUUAACCCAUUUCCUGUUUACAAAAAAAAAAAAGUGGAGUUCUGUGCCCAUACAGUAUUCUCAGCAAAUGGGAAGUCGGUUAAAGCAAUGGUUUAAUCUCUUUGAUCCUCAUUUUCUUCUUCCAUAAAACAACAAUAUUAGAUAAGAUGAGCUUUACAUGACAUUUUGAUUUUACAGUAUAAACCUUCUAUGUACAUAGUAAUAUAAAUAAUCGAAAUAAUUUACAAAAAUAAAGAUAAAUUACUUCAGAUGUCUUUGAAUUGGGAUAGGUCACUGUUCAUAUCUCCUGAUCCUUCCCUAUCCCUGGAUCUACAUACAUACAUACAUAGAUGGAUGAUAGAUACAAAGAAAUAUAUGCAAUAAAUUAUUUCUAAAUAAUAAACAUAAAUUUACUUCUAGAAAAUGAGAGGGUGGUGAUUAAAGUUCUAAAAGGUCGAUGACAAAGUAGAAAACACAGAUGUUGAAGUCUCAAAGACCUGGGUUUUAAUUUUUAUUUACUCUCAAACAUAAAACUGAGAAUAGUAGAAACUAUCUUAAUUUGAGAGUAUCUUUGAAAAUUUAUAAUAAUGAUAAAAUAGAGGAAAUUUUCCCAUUGAUAUCAUUAAUGAGACAACAGUGCCCACUAUCUCUGCUUCUAUUGAAUAUUUUUAUUAGAGAUAUUUCUUAAUAUAAGGAAAACACACAAAAUAGUAGUUGCUGCUUGUAACAGAAAUUACAUAGUAAUAUUGCUGUUGCUUUCUUUUUUUUUGGAGAUGGAGUUUCAUUUCUUUUACCUAGGCUGCAGUGCAAUGACAUGUUCUCAGCUCACUGCAACCUCCGCCUCCCAGAUUCAAGUGAUUAUGCUGCCUCAGCCUCCCGAGUAGCUGGCAUUACAGCCCACCACCACUGCACCCAGAUAAUUUUUGUAUUUUUAAUAGAGAUGAGGUUUCACCAUGUUGGCCUGGCUGGUCUCGAACUCCUGACCUCAGGUGAUCCACCUGCAGUGGCCUCCCAACAUGUUGGGAUUACAGGCAUGAGCCACUACACCCGGCCACUGAUUGUUUUCUUUGCUCUUCAGAACUUAUGUAAUUUAAUGUAGUCCCCGUGUCUUAUUUUUGCUUUUGUUGUCUUUACUUUUGGUACCAUAUCUAAAAUACCACUGCCAUAGCCAAUGUCAGGGAACUUGUCCCUUUUGUUUUCUUCUAGAAAUUUUACAGUUUAAACCUUUAACUAAGUCUGACAUGUAAGCCUUUAAUCAAUUUUUAGUUGAUUUUUUGUGUAUGGUAUAAAAGUCUGGUUUCAUUCUUUUGCAUGUGGAGAUCCCAUAUUCCUAGCACCAUUUGUUGAAGCAGCUGUCCUUUCCCCAUUGUGUAUCCUUUGCACCCUUGACAAAGAUCAAUUAACCAUAGAUGCAUAAAUUUAUUUCUAGGCUCUCUAUUGUGUUUCAGUGAUCAAUGUGUCUGCUUUUAUGGCAGAACCACACAGUUUUGACUACUGUAGCUUUAUGAUAUAAAUGGAAAUCAGAAAGAGUGGUUUUUCCAGCUUUGUUCUUUUGGCUGAAGAUUUCUUUAGCUAUUUAGAACAUUUUCUGGUUCCAUAUGAAUUUUAGAAUUCUUUUUCUAUUUCUGUGAAAAAUGCUGUUGGAAUUUUGAUACAAGUUUCAUUGAAUCUGUGGAUCACUUUGGGCUGUAUAGACAUUUUGACAAUAUCAGUUAAUCCAGUUCAUGAGUAUAGUAUAUCAUUUAUUUUGUCUUCCUCAAUUUUUUCCAUCAAUGUUUUAUAGAUUUCAGUUUAUAUAUUUUUAAUCUCCUUAAAUUUAUUUUUAAAUAUUGCAUUCUUCUUAUGGCAUUUUUUUAAUGUUUUUUUUCAGAUAGUUUGCUGUAAGUAUAUAGAAAUGCAACUUUUUUUUUAAUUUACUUUUUUCUUAAUUUUAGAUAAAGGUAAUACAUGUGCAGUCUUGUUAUAUGAGUAUGCUGUGUAAUGCUGAGCUUUGGAGUACAGAGCCCAUCACCGAGCUAGUGAGCUUAGUACUGCAUAGGUAGUUUUUCAACCCAUGACACCCUUUUUCACUUCCCCCUCUAGUAGUCUAUGUUAUGUCCAUGUGUGUUCAACAUUUUAGCGACCAUUUAUAACUGGAAACAUGCAUGGUUUUCUGUUCUUGAAUUAAUUUGCUUAGGAUUAUAACCUCUAGCUGCAUCUAUGUUGCUGCAAAGGCCAUCACUCAUGCAAAGGAUAUUAUUUCUUUUUUUAUGGCUGCAUAGUAUUCUAUGGGGUAUAUGUACAUUUUCUUUAUCCAGUUCAAUAUUGAUAGGCUUCUAGGUUUAGUCCAUGUCUUUGCUAUUGUGAAUAGCAUGGCAAUGACCAUACAAGUGCAUGAGUCUUUUUUGAUAGAGUGAUUUGUAUAUGUUGAUUUUGUACCUUGCAACUUUACUGAGUUCAUUUUACAGUAUUAAUAGUUUUCUGGUGAAGUUUUUACUUUUUAGAUAUAGUACUAUGUAAUUUUCAAACAGAAAUAAUUUUACUUCUUUAUUUCUGAUUUGGAUGACAUUUAUUUCUUUUCUUUCCCUCAUUGCUCUGGCUAAGACUUUCAGUACUAUGUUGAGUAGAACCGAUGAGCAUAGACAUCCUUGUCUUGUUCCAUAUCUUAGAAGAAAAGCUUUCUUAUUAUGGAGUAUAAGGUUAGCUGUGAGCUUACCAUAUGUGACCUAUAUCAUACUAAGGUACAUUUCUUCUAUCCUUAAUUUGUUAAGGACACAGAAAAAGAAAUAACAAGAUGAAAAGGCAACCUACAGAAGGAGAAAAGAAUAUAUGUAAACCAUACAGCUGAUAAAGAGUUAAUAUCCAAAAUACAUAAGGGACUCAUAUUGCUCAAUAGAAAUAAAAAUAAAUAACCUCAUUUUCAAAUGGUUAAAAGAUCUGAGUAGUGUAUGAAAAGGUGUUCAACGUGACUAAUCAAGGAAAUGCAGAUGACCACAAUCAUAUGUUCCUUCAUGCCUAUGCGAAAGGCUAUUGUUAAAAAAUCAAAAGAUGACUAUUGUUGGAAAGAAUGUAAAGAAAAAAAAGAACCCUUGGACAUUGUUAGUGGGAAAGUAAAGCGGUACAGCCAUUGCAGAAAACAGUAUGGCAUGUUCUCAAAAAUUUAAAUAAAACCACCAUAUGAUCUAGCAGUCCCACUUCCAAGUAUGUAUCUGAUGAAAAUAAAAUCACUGUCUCAAAGAGA